AUGGUGGCGCAAUUUCCGCAGAAAGGUCUGAAGGAGGAGGCUGCGUAUAGGAAGGCCGUGCGGCGAAAGACGCACAAGGAGCGCUCUCAGCCGUCGUACCGGUCCAAAUAUGGCCUCCUGGAGAAGAAGAAGGACUACCGCCAGCGCGCGCGGGACUUCCACAAGAAGGAGAAGGCCCUGUCGGUGCUGCGCAAAAAGGCGGAGGAGAAAAACCCCGACGAAUUCUACUUCGCCAUGCAAAACGCCCGCACGAGGGGGGGGAUUCACGACGGCAGGCUGACUCAGGCCAAUAAGUACUCCCAGGAGGAGCUGGCACUGAUGCGGACGCAGGACGUGCGGUACCUCGGCAUGAAGGCGCAGCAGGAAGCCAAGAAAGUCGAGCGGCUGCAGUCGACGUUGCACUUCCUAGGGGGGGGGAGUGUGCAGAGUGGCAACUCGCACACCGUGUUCGUGGACAGCGAGCGCGAGGCGAGGCGGUUCGACCCGGAGGCGCACUUCGACACGCCCGCGGCGCUCCUCGGGCGCGCGUUCAAUCGUUUGCGCACGAAACAACUCGAGGAUCCGCAACUCGCGGUGGCGGCGGGCAAAAGGGGCGCCGCGGCGGCCGUCACGCCGGCGGCCGCGGCGAAGCUGGAGCGGAAACGCAUGGCGUCGUACCGGGAGAUGCAGCAGCGGAUGGAGCGCGGCGAGAAGGUCUCGCGGGUCGCGCAGCGUGUGCAGCUGCAGCGCGUGCUGGCGGGCAAGGGCAGGCGCAGCAAGGAGGCAGGGGGCGAGAACCCGGUGUUCCGGUUCAAGAAGGAGCGGAAGCGGUGA